ACCAGUUCUAUCUGGCCUUCUUGAAAAGUACGCUUCAAGGACUAGAAAUAAAAAGGACUACAGGGACAAAACACGAAAUAACUAUUAUAAUCUCUUCAAAUAUUGCCAUCAUCAACCCUUUAAUUACUAAUUGUGUACCGGAGAGAACGACAGUUGGACAAAACGUCAAACAGCAAGUAGUCAAUCAUGCAGCCCCAACCAAGACGACAACCGCCUCUGCCACAACAACGCAUGCCCCCUGGCAGUGGACCACCUCCACCUCAAGGACAAUACAUGCGACAACAACAAGGCCUACCACCACGACCCAUGGGCGGACCAGGACCAGGUGGAAUGUACCCCCAACACCAAGGAAUGGGUGGGCCGAUGGGUCCACCGAUGGGUCCACCAAUGGGUCAAGGAGGCAAUUACCCACCGCCUAGUAUGCGACCUCGUCCAGCGCCGAUGAUGCCCAUGGGUAACCAGAUGCCUAUGAAUGGACCUCCACGACCUAUGGGUGGACCUAUGAGCGGGCCAAUGGGUGGACCUAUGGGUGGACCUCCUAUGCCGAUGGGCGGCCAGCGGCCUAUGGGUGGUCCGAAUAUACCUCCAAUGGGACGACCCGGCCCUCCUCCUAGUAUGGGACCUCCUAGACCCAAUCCUGGAUAUAGAGGGCCACCACAAGGACCAGGACCAAGUAUGGGACCAGGACCAGGAGGAAUGGGGCCAGGGCCAGGAGGAAUGGGUCCAGGGCCAGGAAUGGGUCCCGGAAAGGGGCCAGGGAUAGGUAUGGGGCCAGGGCCAGGGCCAGGGCCAGGGUCUAUCAGCUCAAGCAGUUCAAUUCAAUCCGCACCAAUAUCUCUCUACGGUGGCAUUAGUGGAGCUUCCAGUUCACCCAGUAAUAAUAGUAGUAUAACUUCUCCAGCUUACUCUUCAACUCAAUCUCCUAUGGCACCAAUCAACUAUCAACCUAAAACGUCGCAUGCACCAACGGCAACCUCGCGACCCAUCCACUCACCCAGUCCUAGCCCCAUUCCAGCUUCAUCUUCUGCUUCAUCGAGUCCUGCCCCUAUUGCUGUGCAGCCAUCGCCUAACAACAUCAAUGCGGUACCCUUACGUCACGAAACUUCUUCUCCAAAAAUUCGAAAAGAUCCACCGCCGCCACCUAUCGCCCGCAAUAAUGAUGUCUCGUCCUCGCCUCAGAUCCGCAGUGAAGCUCCUUUACCUUCGCCUAACUCCAGGAUAGAGGCUAAUUCAAACUCACCAUUACCACCAAAGCCCCCAGUUAGGAGAGAUACGUCGUCGUCAUCAAAGUCGCAAAAAGAAGCUGCUGCAUCAUCCUCGCCUUUGAUGAAAAAGGAUGCACCUAUUCCGCCACGCAAGGAGAUUUCACAGCCCAAGCCUCUACAGCCCAUACGCAAAAAUCUAAUCUCAAUAUCGUCGCCAACACCAUCGCCAUCUACGGCAAGUCGUAUGAACGAGAAGUCUGAUCGAAAGCCCGUCGUGGAAAUUGCGCAAUUUUCAAAGGAGGGUUUCAACCAUGAAGAAUAUCUCACUCAGAACCUAGCUAAUGCUAGCGAGGAUACAAUUCGAAGUUUUCUGCAAUCGCUCAAGGACUCUAAAUCAUUGGCAGCAGAGGAUCUUCAAGAAAACGUGUUUAAGAACUACAACGAAUUUGUCACUAUUUCGAAAGAAAUUUCAAAGCUGGAAAGCGAUAUGCAAACCUUACGUGGGUUACUGGAUGAUCUAAAGGCAGCAAGCGACAAUCUGGUGGAUGAUGACGAUGAAUUUUUGCUCACAGCUGGUAUCGAGGAUUCUGCUCCUGUUGUACCAAAGAGAAUGACAGUCAUGGUCUCAAGCAUGUCAGAUUUAACGUCUGUCUGGAAAGCCCAAAUGAUGGCACUAUGGGAGGGCAUUGAGGGAGCACAGAAAAUGCUUCCAUAUCAUCCAAAACGACAUUUGAUCCGCGAGUCCCCAAGCUUUGUAGAGAUCAACACAGCAACCAACAAGAUCAAACAUCCUGUCCACAUUGUACUCAUGAAUGACACCCUCCUAAUUGCAACGCGCAAAAAGAAAACAGCUGCCAUCUCAAAAUAUAAAUUAUUGGGCGAUCGCUGCUGGCCAUUAACAGACAUUACCAUUGAAGACAUGAAGGAUACAGCAGAUAUUAGGAAUGCAAUUAAGAUUACGCAUGGAAACGAGGUUUUUGUGUACAAGACGGAAAAAGGACAGGAGAAGCAAACCAUGUUGGUCAAUGCAAAGCGUUCUACAGAUGAAAUGCUUGCAAGGUCAAAUGAGUCUCGCAAACGAGGAAUGUUUGGUUUUACAGCUGCCAUGUCGAAUCGCGGAGGAAUGAAAUUUAAGACGUCCAUUACCUCAAACCAACCGGAUGCGCGCUGGCUACAGGAAUUCACGGAUGAUCUGGAUGUAUUGAUUGCCCAACGAGACUUGGAGGGAGCUGUCGCUGGCGUUGAGAAUGCUAAUGUGAUGCUUUCGCAGAUGAACUUACCUGCAGCCAAACUGGAAGAAACUAAAAAGCGGCUGGACGAGCGAGUUUCUCGACUGAUCCGUGUCAUCAUUACGGAUCUCGGGCAACCUCAUAUCGUCAAGGUAGCAGUGCAGCGAGACGUGGGAUGGUUAGAGCGUUUAGGCUGCUUGGACCAAGCAAGAGACGUUUUCUUAAACAACAGGACUAAGGUUGUCCGACAAAGAAUAAGUCAAGCGAAGGCAAAGAAAGACCCAGUUUUAUAUGUUGAAGAACUGGCGAUGAUUGUCUUCACGUCGAUCAAGAAUACGUCUCAAUGGUUUGAGCUCGCAUUCAAGGAUCCAAAGAUGACUUCAGCACUCGUAAAAUGGGCCAAGCAGGAGAUUGAAUACUUUGGAGAGUUUUACAAGAAUAUUGUUUUUGGCGUCGAACAAAGCAACUUUCAAGUCAUAGCAGAUUGUGCAAAGAUCGCUUCUGAACAAUGCAUCAAACUCAAAGAAAUAGGACUAGAUAUGGCGUUUGUACUUGAAGCUGUCAUAAUGCCCUAUUUGAUUGAGACAAUCGCAGAGCACGAGCGACGUUGUCUAGAACGAAUGGAUGCUAUUAUUGAGCAUGACGAUUUUGCAGCUCUUUCUGGAGAAGAGCUUGGAUCUACAUCACCUCUUUCUGCCAGCAUGCUUGCUUUUUAUACGAUCAUGUUACAAUUUGUAAACAACAUCUGCUUGAUUGGCAGCUUGACACUCUACAGCAGGAUCGUAGACAGUGUAGCAAUAUUAUUCAAAGCAUACGUGAAUAGGACGAUCCAGGUCUAUGAAGAAAAGGGCAUGACAGAUGAUCAGCGCGCUGUUGUAAAUUCAAACUUCCAGUUCAUUUCUGAAAGUUUUAUAUCCAGAGUGAUAGUGCAGCUGAGGCAUCGCUUUGAUAGACAAAUCCCUGAGCUUGAAGGAGUCCGCGAGGAGCUUGGAGGUGUUGAGUUAUGAGUGUUCCCCUACGACAAAGAAUAAAUCGCGUUUAAGACUGACUAGACAUGUUCUACUUUGACGUUAGAGAAAGACACAUGUACAUGGGUGUGUAAUAAUAAAAGAAGUAAAAAU